AUGGAAGUGGAGCACCAGCGGCCGCCGGACGACGACGGAGCCGGAGAAUCGGCUGAAGCUCGCGGCGACGAGCAGCCGUCGACGUCAGCAGAGCAGCAUAAUGAGCCGGCAGAGAACGCGCCUCUAGAACCACCAGACGACAACGAUCCGGAUGAUCACUGUGAGUUUUUCCUCGAAUUUUUCAAGGACUUAUUAUAAACCUUUUCAGUAAUGUGUCGAGUAUGUCGCGGCAACGACGGUAAUCUUUAUUAUCCGUGUCUUUGUACCGGAAGUAUCAAAUAUGUGCAUCAGGAAUGUCUCAUCGAAUGGUUAAAAUACAGGUAAAUCGUACUUUCAUCUUCUUUCUUCAAUCUGAAACUUUUUCAGCAAAAAAGAAGUGUGCGAGCUUUGCAAUCACAAGUAUUCGUUCCAGCCAAUUUAUCGACCAGAUAUGCCGAAAGCACUUCCGAUAGUCGAAAUACUUCGAGGCGUAAUCACUUCAGGCCUCCAGAUGCUUAAAACGUGGAUCGUGUACACGCUUGUGAUGGCCACGUGGCUCGGAUUGGUUCCCCUCGCGGCCGCCCGUAUUUAUAACUGCAUAUUCUACCUGUCGUUCCACGACAUCGUCACUGCGCCGAUCCAGUUGAUCAAAGUGGACCACGUGUUCAAUGACAUUCUGAAGGGCUCUCUCCUUCUCACUGUCUUUGUCUGUACAUUCAUAUCGCUCGUUUGGCUUCGCGAACAAAUUAUUGUCGGAGGUCCGCAACACUUUUUGAACAUUGAAGCCGACAACGAAGGCGAGAAUGGCGAGAAUAACGACGAUGAGUCGUCGGAGGAUUCUGAAGAAGACGAUGACGACGAAGAGGACGACGAGGAGAGCGAAUCGGACGGAGAGGAAGAGUCGGACGGAACGGAAGAGUUCUUCGAGGAAGUCAGCGACGGACCACCUGAACGAGUCGUUUACAUUGACGAUAACGAGUUUCUGAAUCAUCGGGAGGCCGUUGCCAGAGGACAUCCCGGAGCUUUGGCCUAUGAAGAACGACGAAGAGACCAAUACGAAGCUAGGCAUGGAUUCCGGCCUAGGGUGCCUGAUGUGGGGCCUCCUUAUGAUGACAUGCGAGACGAUGAGAACGAAAUCGUGGAGAAUCAAUACGAGCGCCAGGACAGAGAACGUGCUCCUUCUCCGCGUGGUCCACGCCGUCCGAAUGCUCUUGACCAGGAGCCUCCUCCGAUGGAACCGGAGCCAAUUGUUCCAAGAGCGGCCGCCCGUGCGAACCGACGAAUCCGACGUCAAAGACAGAAUGCGGAAGCAAUGGAACAAGCAGCCGAUGGGGACGACAACUGGAGAGAAUGGGACAGGUUCGGAGAUGAGCUCACAUGGCAGAGAUUGCUCGGUCUCGAUGGCUCUCUCAUAUUUCUGGAGCAUGUCUUCUGGGUCAUAUCGUUGAACACUCUGUUCACUCUGAUCUUUGGUAAGUAUGUAAAAUUCCAACAACUUCAAGUUCUUUUAUUUUUCAGCGUAUGCACCGUAUCGCUUCGGAAACUGGAUGCUCGGAUUCAUGGGUCUUCACGGAAAAAUAACCUACUUCCCGUCGAUCGUUGCGAUGCUCGUCGGUUAUAUUCAAAUCGCCGGCAUCACUUUUAUGGUGCAUCAGGCGAUGCACUACUUCAAGAUGAAGAUGAUGUACCGCUUCCUCGGUGUAAUGUUCCUCAUCAUCAAAGUGUUCCUUCUCGUCUUCCUCGAGAUAGGAUUCUUCCCGGUUAUGUGCGGAUGCUGGAUGGAUGUGUGCACACUUCCGCUCUUCAACGUCACCCUCUCUCAGAGAGUCUCCACUUUCGCUAGUGCUCCGUUCAUGUCGAUCUUCCUUCAUUGGAUGGUUGGAAUGGUCUACGUCUUCUACUCGGCCUCUUUCGUCAUACUGCUACGCGAGAUCCUGCGGCCUGGUGUCUUGUGGUUCAUGCGGAAUCUCAACGAUCCGGAUUUCAAUCCGAUUCAAGAGAUGAUCGACCUUCCGUUCACCCGACACUUCCGUCGACUUGUCGUCUCCACAACCCUAUUCUUCUCCACAAUCCUGCUCAUUUUCUACAUUCCACUCAACAUCAUCGCAGCUAUUGUCCCAUCUCUUCUACCGUACAACGUGUCAAUGAGCGCCGAGACACCGCUUUCGGAGUUGUCGCUCGAGUUGCUCAUAUUGCAAGUGGUGAUGCCGGCCAUUCUGGAGCACGCAAACGGGCGAACUUUCAUAAAGGUUGUUGUUCGAUUGUGGUGCAAAGUCAUUGGAAACGUGCUGGCUCUGGAUGAGUACCUUCUCUCGGAUAGCAACAACAACAACAAUCAGAACAACAACAACGAUCCUCUCCGGAAUAACGCCGCCGGAGGAGGUCUCGCAGCUGAGCAUCAGGCUCUUCUUCUGCUCCGCGAGCCACGUGCCUAUGAGCCAUACAGCCGCCCGUCCUUGUUCGCCAUCCGCGUCUCCGUCCUUCUCGUUCUGAUGUCCGCCACAACGACAGUCUGCAGUGUGAUUCUGUUCAUUGUUCCGGCGACCAUCGGCAGAACCAUCAUACUUCUAGUGUCCAAUCAUUCGAAUGUCCACGAAAUAUACACUGUGGCUCUGGGGCUGUACGUGUGCUGGCUGGUCGGGAAAGGCGUGGCAGUGGUGUACAAGUUCGUGCAAGGAGGUCCACAUCUCUUCAAACGGGCAGUUAUGCACUAUUCAUAUCUGGUAAGAUUUUGAAUGUCGUCUAAAGUUUCAAAAAUAAUUGUUUGCAGGGAAUGCGUCUGUUCUUCGUCGCUCUGCCCGUCGUGAUCGUAGUGCCUCUUCUGAUGGGAACGUACUUUCAGCUCGUCUUCCUCACUCCAUUGCGACUCGGAUAUCAACAGGUACCGCUCCCGUUCCCUCCCAAUUCAAACGAACUUUUUCCAGUCGGCGUUGAUGUUCCCCUACCAGGAUUGGGCGAUGGGAGUGGUUCAAAUGAAGAUCUUCGGAGUCGUGGCCAUGAUGGGACCGGAUUGGUGGCUCAAGUCGGAGCUCGAUCUGCUCGUUCAACGUGGCGUCGAGAACUUUGCGGCUCUUCACGUGCUCGUUCGCAUAGUCGUUCCGUGCGUUCUCUAUCUUUCCUCGUUCAUUGCAUUCCCGGUGGUCGUCGUCAAGACAUACGCCUUCGUCGCAGGUAAGCGUUAAACUCUUUGAACAGACGAAUACGAACAUUUCCAGGAGCCGACGCGGAAUGGACGAUGCUGCUGCUCCGGUUCUCCUAUCCCGCUUUCCUUCUCAUAACCUCUGUCGUCGUGUUCGUCCGCUGGCAAGUCGUCAAAUUCGCCGAACUGGCGGAGAAAAUCAAAAAUGACCGGUAUCUGGUGGGCACGCAGCUCGUCAACUACGAAAAGAAUGGAAUCCGAUCUUGA